AUGGACUACACAGACAUUGCCACCACUGUCUUCACGCCCAUGGAGUAUGGCUGUGUGGGAUAUUCAGAGGAAGAGGCCAGAGAGAAGAUCGGCAAGGAACGGAUCAAGGCGUACCAUUGCACGGCCCAGCCCUUGGAGUGGAACUUGAACUCUGAGCGCAAGGACGAGUUGGUCAAGCAUUCGCCGCAUGGCCGAGUAUGCGUAACAGAGAAGUACAGUGUGAAGACAACAUCGCCAUCUCUUGUGGAACUUCUUACCGCACGCGCAUUCAAUAUUGGUCCCAUACCGCAGGAUGACAUGGGUUACAUGAAGCUGCUUGUGGACAAGCAGGAGAAGGAGAAGGCCCGGGCUGUCACACUGCCUUUCAGAUGA